AUGCAAUUAAUCUGCUCAGAUAUUGAUGGAGGAUCGUAUGAGAUCUUGGAGAAUGCAGGUCAUCUACCUCUUGCAUAUAUCACUGCUUCAGUCCAUGGACUCCACGAUAUUGCUAAUCGGUUAGCUGUGGAACUAGGGGAUGAUGUUCCUUAUUUGCUUGAGGGGAAGAGAGCUUCUCCGUUAUGCCCCCAAACAGAAGUGCAGAAGAGGAUUAUGAAGAGGCUGCAGACGCCGAUUAGAGUGAGGCUUUGGAUAUUGGCGAAGUGGAAAACAUGCAAAAUGGAGAUAUUAACAAUUCCAUUUAUUGUGGUUGAGACACGAAGAGAGAUGGAUGAAGUUAAAGAGUUAAUUAUCAUUGUGAAGGAAUACGUUCUGGGUUUGCAGAUGGAAAUUAAGAGGAAGGAAUUGACUGACAAUCCAAUUCGCCAGCAGGAAUUGGCAGCUUAUUUUACCCACUGCAAGCUCCAACUUCCUCACCGGAGACUUCCACUGGUGAGGAAUUGGCCUGCUUAA